AAACGGCAAAAACAAAAACUGAAUUAAAAGUGAAAUAACCUAAAUUAUUUUCAUGGGAACUAUUCAUUCUUCAAUUCUGUUACUGUCCAAGGCAAGAAAUGCCUAUUUAUGCAACAUAUGACAAUUAUCCAUAAAUAAACGCUUGGUUCACCGUGCUCUUUUAAUUUACAGAAACAAUUUUUAAAAAUUAAAUAAAUAAAUAAAACAAUUAGAUUCCGGCACUAUGCUUAUACGUGAAUAAACCCCUAAAGAAGACCUAUAGUUCCUAUAACGUUAUUUGGCAAAAUAGCAGAAUAAUAAGUUAUGCAGCAGAAGCAAAGCAACUUAGGUAAUUAGAUUAGGAAUUACUCUAGAUAAUAACCUCCAUAAAUACAUUUAGUUUCAAUAGCUGACACUUUAACUAUCUAUACCAGUCUAUGUAAUGUCGCAUUCUGGUAGUGUACAGUAAGUUGUGGGGGUGACGAAGUGCAAACCGGUCUUUCAGUGAUUGACAGAGGUAGGUAGAAAAACGAUUGUAACAAAUACAUUUUAUUCUUUCCUAUUUUCCUCAGAAAGUCACUUAAAUAAAUGUAACGGAGUAUAUGUAGCACGGUUCUACCCAAACCUUGGUCAUACGCGCAUGUGAAUUUGAAACAUUGUUAAUAUUUUUCCAGUACCAUAAGAGGACGUUUCUCAAGGAAACCAGUUGAUAAUGAGCUAGAGCAAACCGUUGAAGCUGAACCCCCUUUAAUAUAAUUCAUGAAAAGUAUUUAUAGGCAGCUGUCGACUUAUGUAAACCCAUCCAUCCAUCCAUUUUCUGUAACAGCUUAUGUAAACCGACUUACGAAAAUCCGAAUGUAUGUAGAAAAAACAAAACACCCGAGAUAAAUAAAGUUUUCGGACGCGCUAACGCAAAAAACGCGACAUACGUAAUACGCAAGCCGCCGGACGCUUGGCCGCACUCCGCGAAGAUGACUUCCUGCAGCUUCGCAGCUCUUGCCUGUACCUUGUUGUGAUCUAAUCAUUUAGGUAUACGGUACGUAUUUUGCAUUGUUUGCACUGUGUAUUUUUUAUAUUGGGCAUCAUGGAUGGCAAGCGUCCAAGGGAAUGUAAAAGUGAAUCAGCCCGUAAACGAACAGCGAUUAAUUUAGAAUUGAAAAUUAAAAUAAUCCGGAAAUAUGAAGCUGGACAAUGUUUAUCCGCAAUCGCACGUGAAUUCGGUUUAGCCAAUUCAACCGUAAACACUAUUGUGAAGGAUGCUGCACGUAUAAAACAGCAUGUGAAAGGAACAGCAUGUCUGAAGUCUACUAUAAUAACAAAGAGACGUGAAGGUGCAAUUAGUGAGAUGGAAAAAUUACUAACAUUAUGGAUGGAAGACCAAAUCCAAAAACGUGUUCCGCUAAGCGUAAUGACUGUACAAGCAAAGGCAAGAAGUCUAUUCGACGAUCUCAAGAAAAAAUAUCCCGAAGGCACGCAGUCGUUUUCUGCAAGCAGUGGUUGGUUUUCACGAUUUAAAAACCGUGCUGGUUUUUGUAAUGUGUUCGGCGAGGCUGCUGGUGCUGAUCUUGAACGAGCUCGAAAAUUUCCCGAGUGGCUACAUAAAAUCAUCCUCGAAGGACCGUAUUUGCCCGAACAAAUUUUUAACGCAGAUGAGAAAACCUUGUUUUGGAAAAAAAUGCCAUCUCGCACAUAUAUUGCCAAACAGGAAAAAACUAUGCCUGGAUAUAAAGCCUCCAAGGAUAGACUGACUCUUUUGUUCAGUGGAAAUGCAUCUGGAACUUUUAAACUAAAACCUCUUCUAGUUUACCCCUUUGAAAACCCAUGCGCUUUAAAAGGCAUCAGCAAGGCAACUCUGCCGGUGCAUUAUCGUUCAAAUAGCAAAGCGUGGGUCAGUGUGGAAAUAUUUGAGGACUGGUUCGUUAACUCUUUCGUUCCUGAAGUAGAAAAAUACUGCAAAGAAAAUGACAUUCCCUUCAAGAUAUUGCUUAUUCUGGAUAAUGCUCCUGGUCAUCCUUCCCAUCUGGAUGAUUUUCACCCAAACGUAAAGGCUGCGAGAAGGAUGAGCUGUUUGAGGAAGUGUGUGAAAAAAUCGUUCAGUUUGGCAAGCAGUUGCAGCUGGAAGUGAAUAAGAAGGAUGUGGAAGAAAUGAUUGCGCAUGACGAAGAACUGUCUAAUGAGGAUCUCAU